GCCGGGCUGGCCGGAGCGCGUCGGGAGCUGGCGCCGAGGCCCCAGCCGCGGGACCCGAGCUAAGGCCGCUCCGAGGCCGCUGGGCCCCGCCGGGCCACCGCAGCCGCCGCCAUGGGCAUCAAAUUUUUAGAAGUUAUCAAACCCUUCUGUGCCGUUCUACCAGAAAUUCAGAAACCUGAAAGGAAAAUCCAGUUUAGAGAGAAGGUUCUGUGGACUGCUAUAACUCUCUUCAUCUUCUUGGUGUGUUGCCAGAUACCCCUGUUUGGAAUCAUGUCGUCAGAUUCUGCAGAUCCUUUCUACUGGAUGAGAGUUAUUCUCGCAUCCAACAGAGGAACUUUAAUGGAAUUGGGUAUCUCCCCAAUUGUAACAUCUGGUUUGAUUAUGCAGUUGUUAGCUGGAGCCAAAAUCAUUGAAGUUGGAGAUACACCCAAAGAUAGAGCCCUAUUCAACGGAGCCCAGAAACUGUUUGGCAUGAUCAUCACCAUCGGCCAGGCCAUCGUGUACGUCAUGACGGGCAUGUACGGGGACCCUGCCGAGAUGGGCGCCGGCAUCUGCCUCCUGAUCAUCAUUCAGUUGUUUGUUGCUGGUUUGAUUGUGCUGCUGUUAGAUGAGCUGCUACAGAAGGGUUACGGCUUGGGGUCUGGUAUUUCCCUCUUUAUUGCCACCAACAUCUGUGAGACCAUUGUCUGGAAGGCCUUUAGUCCCACCACCAUUAACACUGGCCGAGGUACGGAGUUUGAGGGGGCCGUCAUUGCCCUCUUUCAUCUCCUGGCCACCAGGACAGACAAAGUUCGAGCUUUACGGGAGGCUUUCUACCGUCAGAAUUUGCCCAAUCUCAUGAACCUCAUUGCUACGGUUUUUGUGUUUGCUGUCGUUAUCUACUUUCAGGGCUUCCGUGUGGACCUGCCCAUCAAGUCGGCGCGGUACCGAGGGCAGUACAGCAGCUACCCCAUCAAGCUCUUCUACACGUCCAACAUCCCCAUCAUCCUGCAGUCGGCCCUCGUGUCCAACCUGUAUGUCAUCUCCCAGAUGCUGUCCGUUCGAUUUAGUGGCAAUUUUUUAGUCAAUUUGCUGGGACAGUGGGCUGAUGUCAGCGGGGGAGGUCCUGCUCGGUCUUACCCAGUGGGGGGGCUUUGUUACUACCUGUCCCCCCCGGAGUCCAUGGGCGCCAUAUUCGAGGACCCUGUCCACGUGGUGGUUUAUAUCAUCUUCAUGCUGGGGUCCUGCGCCUUCUUUUCUAAGACCUGGAUAGAGGUGUCUGGUUCCUCCGCCAAAGAUGUGGCGAAGCAGCUUAAGGAACAGCAGAUGGUGAUGAGGGGCCACAGGGACACCUCCAUGGUUCACGAGCUCAACAGGUACAUCCCCACGGCUGCUGCGUUUGGGGGUUUGUGCAUCGGCGCCCUGUCGGUCUUAGCCGACUUCCUCGGGGCCAUCGGCUCUGGCACCGGAAUCCUGCUUGCAGUCACUAUUAUUUAUCAGUAUUUUGAGAUAUUUGUUAAGGAGCAGGCUGAAGUUGGCGGGAUGGGUGCUUUGUUUUUCUAAACGUUGCGAUAUUUCUUUGUGUGUGAAAGGGAAGGUAUUUUGUCGCAUUGUUUUUGUCAAGUAAUGCGGUCCCCCUCUUCUCCUGCCACAGUUCGUUUUCCAGGGCGAAGCGUCCCAUGUCUGAAAUGGGCACGGAGCUGAGCCCGUGUGCAGCAUGAGUACCAGCUGCCUUAAAACUCAAGUUUACAUUAGUCAGUCAGAAACAUCCACGCAGUGUUGCUUGUGAUGCUGGAAAGCGCUGUACCCGCCUCGCCGUGUUCAGCUGUGACGGCGAGACGGUGCCGGGGAUCAGUUCUGCACACUCAUCCCAGCACUCCCCCUCCCCAACCCGUCUGAAAAUAAACGCCCUUCCAGUUGCCACUUGCCCGUAGCCUGGAGCUUAUUUAAGGAGUUCUGGAACAUUUAUAUCGAAUCCGUACUUGAGAUAUAAUCACUGUUCGUACUCUUUAAACUCACAGUGUCCCCGUUCCCACGUCCCCCCUUUUAUUGGUUCCUCCUCAAAUCCAGCUUUUAGUGUCACCAGUGUCACAUCUGUUCCCAGAAGCAAGCGCUUGUAUGAACAGUUUCCCAUCCCCCUUCCUUCCCAGUGACAGCAGGUAGUGCUGUUGGACUGUAUCGGCUGUGCCUUCCAACGCCAACAAGUCGCUUGAGUCUCUUUCAAGACACCAUGCCCCCAUUUUUUUUUUUUAAAUCCCUAAAGCAAAGAUCUAAUGCUCCAGCAGUGUCUGUAGUUGAGUGGGGAGAAAGUGAGUAACUCAUGCUAGGAGUUUGUGUAAGUUGUUGUACUUGACAGCAGCAACAUGAGUGUAAACAGUAGACAAUAAAGUUUUAUUUAAUAAAACUGUCCGUUGUGUUAGAAAAAUACAAUUUGAUAUUAAAUGAUGUCUAAGAUUAUCUGUAAA